AGGAGACAAGAUAGUCCGAUCUUGUCUCUUGAGCGGCAGUUAUCCUCAAUUGUUUUUUGUCGUGUGAAAAAUUAAUUUUCGUAAAUUACCUAAUCGUUAAAAAUUUCGUGAAGAUGUUUAAGACACUCGUGACGGGCAUCGCGCUCCUCCUCGCGUCUCUUCAUCGCGUGGAAUCGGCUAUGACGAUGGAGCAAAUGACGAAAAUAGCUUCGGGCUUCAGGAAUGUCUGUCAGCCAAAAACCGGUGUUGACAUGGGUAAGAAAGAAAAGAAAAGGAAUUUUAUUACUUCAGAACCCAAUGGAGUCGAGUAUACUUUGUUUCAAUUAAAUGUCAAUUACGUCGAUGUGAUUGAUCGAAAUAAUACGUUUCAUUUGACAGCCAUUCUCGAGGGGAUGCAGAAAGGGGAAUUCCCGGAGGAUAGGAAAUUUCAGUGCUACCUCAAGUGCGUUAUGGGUAUGUUGCGAACGCUGCGAAAUGGCAAAGUCGACCUCGAUAUGCUCCUGAAACAAGUGGACACCAUGGUGCCCGAGAACUUACAAGAGCGCACGAGACACGUUGCCAGACAUUGCUCCACCGUGGCCACCAGCAACGACAUGUGCGAGAUCGCGUAUCAGUUUGUCAAAUGCAACUGGGAUACGGAUGCCGAAGUUUUCUUAGUUGCCCCGAGCAAUUUCCCGUCAUCUUCUCUCCAUAUAAAGGCCCUUGUUUCCAUGUCACAAAUGUGUUGUCUGAAAACUCCCAUAUGCAUUGCUGAGACUGCAGUUCGCCGUGCUCAAGAUUGUUCACCGAGUCCUGAAUACAGAAAAGUCAAUUGCUUGGGCGGCAGCAUGAGAGCUGUCCUGCUGGUAGCGACGCUCUUCCUGGCGUUUGGAUCGAUCGAGAGCAGAAUGACAUUGGCGCAAUUGAGAAAUACGCUAAAGGGUAUGAAGAAAGCCUGCACAUCGAAAAUCAGUGUUUCGGCAGAGGUACUGGACGGUGCUUCUAACGGCAUCUUCCCACCCGAUCCGGCAUUGCAAUGUUACUACAAAUGCCUCUUCGAGAUGAUGAAGCUGAUGAAAAACGAAAAGCUCCUCAUUGACGUAAUGAUAACGCAAUUAGAUAAGAUUGUGGCUCUGGACGUACUUGAUAGAAUGAAGGCGGCUACGCUAAAGUGCGUCGAAGCAAUCGACAGUGAAGAUCCGUGCGUGCUGUCCUGGCAAUUCACCAAGUGCUUCUACGAAACGGACCGUUCGGUCGUCUUUUUCCCCUGACUAAUUGCAAGUGGACUACGCGGAAUCGUAAGCGCGACGACCGUCAACGAGUAAUCGAACUGCAGCCGAGAAAAGAGAACGAGCAGUUACUAGCAAUCUGAUGUAAUUUUAGUCGUACCGCGUAAACACGAUGAUUAUUCGAAAAAGUAUGCGUUAAUUGUAACAGCAAAGAUCGUUCGAUAGCGUCGCGCAAUCUGUCAUACAUUUUUUUUUAUUUUUCCGUUUUUUCUCUUCUAACGCGCACGCGAUGCCAGCCGUCCCUUAUCUGAUCGACGAUCGUUUUUCAAUUAUUGGAGAACAAACGAAAUGACGCAACGAGUGUAGUGAAAAUGGGAAUAAAAUAUUUAUAAAAAAAAAAAAAA